AUGCACUUCGCACACGAUAGGGUCUCAAACUACUCAUUAAAAAGAGCAAGCAACCAUUUGCAAGAAGUAAUUUACAUAAUGGUUGACGCCAAACGUGUCAAGCUAAGCGGCAGAGAAGUGCGAGACGGCGACAUGUUCACGAACCCCUGGUACGGCGUCGCUGCGCAAAUCCCAUCCAGCAGUGAGGCUAAUGAGUCGCAUGACUCGGAAGUCGUUCGGGAACAUUUGGAGUCCAUUCAGGCCAAGCUCAAACCCGGCUGGACUGUGAACGUAUCCAAAGAAGGAAGGUUCUUCUAUUGCAAGUGA